CAGCUCUUCUCAUCUCACAUUCUUCCUCCCUCACCCAUUGCGCACCGUCGCAGCCAUCGCAGAACCGUCGUGACCACAUCGCGAUCCAGUCUUGUUCAUUUCAAGAGCUUCUAGCCAGCCGAGUUGCUUCUGGUGCGUUCGAGUCCGUUAUACCCGCCAUCAUGUCAGCUGAAAACGUGGAGAAGGGUGACCAAGGUAAGUCAACAGCGUCGUCGCCGGCGUCGCAAAGCUGUCGCAGGACCGUCAAUGCCCAUUUUUUGGCUGUCGCUUGACCUGCGUGGCCAUUAUGGAACGGCUUCUCCGCCUGCACUGGGAGCGCUGGCUUUGGCACGCGGAUCUUGGUGCCCUGGUGACCUAGGAUUUAAAUCCGAGGCUAACUCCGGAAUCACAACAGUCUCUUGGCAAUGGUCUGGUGGUCGACCAAGCGGCGAAGUGAGUGAAGUGGUCAAGGAGGGAGAAGCGACUGUGACCAGCAACCGGGGCAACGAGAUUAAGAAGAAUGCGGAGCCUGACGAUCCGGCCUUGAAGAUCAGCCGUGAGGGCAACGAUGUCGUGAAGAAGGCACACGAAGUUGACAUUGAAUCAAAGGCCGAUGGUACCAAAGAGCCCGGUAAUGAGGAGAAGGCCAAUGGCGUCGCUAACGGUGAGGAAAAGAAAAAUGAGAAGGAGGACGAGGAGAUGAAGGACGCAAAUGGCACUGCCGACAAAGAUACUACGAAUGGCGACACUGUGAAAGCGGGUGAGAAGCGCGAUAAGGAGGAACAGCAGAAAGGCGAGAAAGAAGCUGAAGAGGCUGAAAAGAAGGAGACGAAUGGUGAGACUAAGCAAGACGGAGAGAAGGAGAAAGACGAGGCCAAGGAUGAAUCCAAGGACGAAGCCAAGGACGAAGCGAAGGACGAAGCGGACCAGGACGACGAACCCGCCGCCAAAAAACAGAAAAUCGACGACGAUGACAAGGCCGACGAGGCUGAGAAUGGUAAGAAGGGGCGAGGACGCCCGAAGAAGGAGGCCAACGGCGCAAAGAAGGCGACGCCGAAAGCUAAACGAGAGCCUAAAAAGGCGGCAACGGAGGACGGCCAGCCUCGACGCAGCUCGAGAGCUACGACAAAACCUGAUUACACAGCGUAGGCUUUCUCAUCAAAAAUUUUCUCUUUUUUUUUCUUUUUAAAAAAAAAUUCGGCGAUUACCGCUAUCGAAAACCCGCGUGUCAGCCGCAGGAUUUGUUCCUUUGGAUGACCUCAUUCCUUGCAUUAUUCCGCGGUAACGGCGAGAAAACUGAUAAAACGACAUGGGGACAGAUGAAUAUUCGGAUCAGAAAUGGCCACGUCAGUGUAUGGGAAGUGUACUGUAUAUCGUUUUGAAUGAGAAUUACCUUAUUACGCGUGACAUUUUACGUAGUGGCUGAGGCGGAAGCGGGUAUCCAAGAUCAAGAUGCUACCUGCACGUACAACGAACUCUACCGAAGUGCUUCAACGCUCAAAGCUUCGGCUCGAUGGGUCGAGCUU